UAUCCUCUUCCACACACAAAAAGAAAAAGAAAAAAAUAAAAACAGAGCUUGUUCAGAUAUUUCCAUUUUGUUCAAAACACGAGGCCUAGAAAGCAGGACGGAAGCCCCUAAUAGCAACUUUUAGUAGUGACACUCCUACAUAAUUCCAUUCUACUCCACCACCAUCUACCUAACCUUACAUACCUAUGGCUUCCUCAACUGCUUCUCUCCUUUCAUCUUCCUCUCUUUCGUCGCCUCGGCCUCUCUUUGUCACCCGUUCCGUUCUCCACUUCAGCUCUCCUCUUCCUGUUCCUUCGCUCCCGGCUACUGAUUUUAUGGGUGCGCGCUUGCUGACAUAUCUUCCAAAGAAGCAGAUUACUAAGAUGAUUGGGAAAGUGAGCGCUGUUGCUACACCUGCUGUGGAGGAAGAAGUUAAAGAGUACAAACUUCCUACAUGGGCUGAAUUCGAUCUAGGAACGGCACCUGUCUUUUGGAAAACAAUGAACGGUCUCCCUCCUACUUCUGGGGAGAAGUUAACACUCUUCUAUAAUCCUGCAAAUAGACUAACCCCAAAUGAGGAGUUUGGGAUUGCAUUCAAUGGGGGUUUUAAUCAGCCUAUCAUGUGUGGUGGCGAGCCAAGGGCGAUGACGAGAAAAACUCGAGGAAAAGCUGAUCCACCCACAUUCACUAUCAGGAUAUGUAUUCCCAGGCAUGCUAUGAACUUGAUUUUCUCAUUCACAAAUGGAGUUGAUUGGGACGGGCCAUACAAACUGCAGUUUCAAGUUCCAAAGAUGUGGCGCAACAAACCACUCAGCUUCUUUAAUGAGGGUCUGGCAGAAGAAUUGAGUAAAGAUGGUGCCUGUGAUAGAGCAAUCUUCCCAGAUUCGAACAUUAUCAUCACACGCUGUGCAAUGAUUGGUAAUCUGUCUGUUGAAGGGGGAGACCGCUGCAAUCUAGACUUUGUGCUGGGUUGCACAGAUCCAAGCUCACCUUUCUAUAACCCGCUCGCCAAUGUAGACGAUGGAUCUUGUCCAAUGGAUGAGGAAUGAUUUGCAUAACAGAUCCUUACACAUUGCACAUAAUACUGUCCACCAAAGUGAAGUUCAAAAAUUCAAAAAUUAUACUUGUGUCAUGUCAUGGCAGUGGAUCCAAGGGUCCUGCUUCCACACUAUCUAAUGGGUGUUUACUAAAUGCUUAAUUAUCUUAAAAUAGCAUUUUUGGGCUCUUUGUUAGAACUGCUA